AAAGCUCAUUGCUAAGAAAAAUAGGUCACCGGAGUCCUGGAUGAUUGCUUGUGUGAUAUUGAUAGCAUCGAUAACUUCAACACAUUUAAAAUCUUCCCCAAAAUCAAAAAAUUGCAAGAGAGAGACUACUUCCGUUAUUACAAGGUUAACCUGAAGCGACCGUGUCCUUUCUGGGCAGAAGAUGGCCAUUGUUCAAUAAAAGACUGUCACGUGGAGCCCUGUCCAGAGAGCAAAAUUCCAGUGGGAAUUAAAGCCGGGAGGUCUAACAAGUACAUGAAAGUGGCAAACAAUACCAAAGAAUUAGAGGAUUGUGAGCAAGCUAAUAAACUGGGAGCAAUUAACAGCACAUUAAGUAAUCAAAGCAAAGAAGCUUUCAUCGACUGGGCAAGAUAUGACGAUUCACAGGAUCACUUUUGUGAACUUGACGAUGAGAGGUCUCCAGCUGCCCAGUACGUGGACCUGUUGCUGAACCCAGAGCGUUACACCGGCUACAAAGGGCCGUCCGCGUGGAGAGUGUGGAACAGCAUCUACGAAGAAAACUGUUUCAAGCCUCGAUCUGUUUAUCGUCCUUUAAAUCCUCUGGCACCCAGCCGAGGAGAAGAUGAUGGAGAAUCAUUCUACACAUGGCUAGAAGGUUUAUGUCUGGAGAAAAGAGUCUUCUAUAAGCUCAUAUCAGGACUUCAUGCUAGUAUCAAUUUACAUCUGUGCGCAAAUUAUCUUCUGGAAGAAACCUGGGGUAAACCUAGCUGGGGACCUAACAUAAAGGAGUUUAAACGCCGCUUUGACCCUGUGGAAACCAAGGGAGAAGGUCCAAGGAGGCUGAAGAACCUGUACUUUUUAUACUUGAUUGAGCUUCGAGCUUUAUCAAAGGUGGCCCCAUAUUUUGAGCGCUCAAUUGUCGAUCUUUACACUGGAAAUGUAGAGGAUGAUGCUGACACAAAAACUCUUCUGCUGAAUAUUUUUCAAGAUACAAAGUCCUUUCCCAUGCACUUUGAUGAGAAAUCCAUGUUCGCAGGUGACAAAAAGGGGGCCAAAUCGUUAAAGGAGGAAUUCCGGUUACAUUUCAAGAAUAUCUCCCGUAUAAUGGACUGCGUCGGAUGUGACAAGUGCAGAUUGUGGGGGAAAUUACAGACCCAGGGUUUAGGAACUGCCCUGAAGAUAUUAUUCUCUGAAAAAGAAAUCCAGAAGCUUCCAGAAAACAGCCCAUCGAAAGGCUUCCAGCUCACUCGACAGGAAAUAGUCGCUCUUUUAAACGCGUUUGGAAGGCUUUCUACAAGCAUAAGAGAAUUACAGAAUUUUAAAGUCUUAUUACAACACAGUAGGUAAUAAAGGCUUUUAAAUGUCUGACUAGAGACAUAAAGUGUGACUGUGUGAAGACUUACUCUUGGACAUUCAGCAAAAGGAGACUAAUCUUCAAAGACUUCGAGAAUUCUGAACUCUUAAAGAGAAAAUUCAAAUGUUCACUUGAAUAUUUAUGAUUCUUAAUAGACUGUCAAUUAGAGGUAUUUAUAAAUGAAGUAUGUGCUUUUAAAACCUGUAAGUUAUACUAAUUCUGUGUUUAAUUUCAUGUUUCCAUCUGUCGAAUAUUCUGCUCUUCAGUUUAGAAUUGGUUUUGUUCUUACUCUGUUAUGCUUUGCUUCCAGUUGUCCAGCCGAAAUGACCGUCUCCAUCCUGAUAACACUGUUAUCAAUCUGUUGGGCACAGGGGAGCAGAUGGUGCUUAGGGCUGGUAUCAGUGGCACAGUUAUCGAUGAUUUAGGUUUAGCCUCGCCCAGCUCUGCGUGUCACCUUCUGGAAUAUGGAAGUGUCGGUGUGACGAAUGGCCCUUUCAGUGUAUAGUUUCAGAAGUUACUUAAAUCCCCAGGACUUCAUUUGUUUUUACUUAAGCUUUUAGUUGCUGUUGCUGUCUUGUUUUGGUCUAAAGGACCUGCUUUGGUAAAGCGAGCAAGUCCUGUCCCCUCUGCCACCGGCCACGUCGCCUGGGAGUGCGGGGAGCCUGGCUCAAAGGAUUCUUUACUUAGAACCUAAAAGCAUUUUCUUUGAUUUUGUGUUUCUUUGUUCCUACUCCAAUUUUAGAAAUGUUCAUUUACUUUAAAAGAAAUAAAUGCAUAAAUAUUUGUUUCCAUCUUGAUAAAAUUUGAAUAGGAUUUUAUGGAUUUAUAAUGCCAAUUUAAAACAUAUGCACAGAAUUUACUAUUUUAAAUUGAAGCAAGCAUUUUUAAAGGGUUUUCUUUUCGGAUACAGUCCAUGCCGUCCUCUCGUCCGAUUUGCUUCGGUAGGGUAUUGAAGCGGGUAGGUUUGUUCACGCCUCUUGUAAGCUUGCCCUCGCCCUGCUUGUUCGUUCUAGUUCAUUGUAUAUAAAUGCGUGACUUGUACCAACAGAUGCCUCAGUCCUACAUGGUCAUUUUCUAAACCCGGGAUUUAAACAUCUUUAAGAGUUAAAAUAUCGAUUCUUUAAAAAGGUGUUAGUAUAUGCAGUGUGGUUAAUUUGGAAGGUUGCAUCCGUGUAGAAGUAACGUGGGUACAAAACUUAGUUUUUCCUCAGACUCUUCAGUCUUUCAUGAAGUAAACAAGUGCUCUUAAACCCGUACCUUCUCCUGCCAAGGCCUGAAAUGUGCUCACUGACGACUCGGUGACGUGUUUUGAAUCCUAUUUAGUUGGCUCACCCCUCUUUUAAAAAUAAUUAGUCACCCUGGGAGAGAGCGAUAUGGUUGGAGGGAACGAGGCCUCACCGGUUACUUAUUUUCUUACCAAAUUUCUAACCUUUAUAGACGGGGUUUUCAUUGUUGCCGAUUUUUUUUUUGGUGGUGGUGUUUUUGUUAAGUUGAAUAAAACAGGCGGGCUUGACUGGAGCGUCUCUCCUCCACUGUUGCAUUUUUAGGAUUUCAGAUUUUAUAUGGUGCGAGGGGGAAGCUUAAGGUCAACUUGUCUAAAAAGCGAAUAAAUAAUGUUGCUGGUAAAUUAAUAAUUAUUCUUAGUGUUCAUUUAGAGUUGAAGAAAAUAUGAAAAAAUCUUGCACUCUAUUUUUAUUAUGUUUAAAAAUCUUUCUCGUAGUGUUACUUCACUGUUCCCUCAGUUAAAGAAAAAGGCUAUUAUUUAAACCAUUUACUGGAGAAAAUCCUUGGCCAUUUCCAUUUAUCGCUUUUUUAUCUUUACUGUGAUUUGUUUUAAGCUUAGGAAAAAAUGUUAGAGUGAGUUCCAGGAAAUUAAAAGGUCUAGUUAGGAUUAAAAGUUCUUUUCAAAGUUUUAACGAAGUUUUUCACUACCAAGAAAAUAAACAAAAUGAAGUAUUCUUAA